CGCUGACACCUUUGCAAUGAAGCUGCAGCCACCUCUAUAUCUCCUUUUCUCUCUCCUUUUCCAGCUCGGGCUGAGCGAGCCUGUCGAAAACUUUGAAGUAAAAGUAGACAACGAAGGUGGAUUCCAGCUCUACCUGUCCGGGAAGCUCUGGUUCAAUAAUGCUGAUGCAUGGUUCAGAGCAAAUAACAAAUGGUACUCUACAGCAGACAAGACACUCACUUUAGUUAAUACAAGCAACUCAACCGGUAGACUGGACUGGGGACCAAUGAACAUAUACUUUUACACCUGGAAGACGAGUGAUGGAGGAAUGCAGUUCACAACAUACUCUGUGGUCUUUACUGAAGUACCUGCAGUCAUCUUUGGACAGCAAUGGGAUGAUGGAGGCAACUCCACAAGCACCGGUAAUAGUGAUGAUGUUAUCUCAAGAUGGCCGGCUUUCAAAGUUGAGGACUUAGGAUUGACCCGUGGGUAUGCAUCUUGGGGCGGGGGACAGAUAGGGAGUACCCCAAUUGGAGUAUUUGAUUCGUCGCUGAAGGAGAUUUAUAAAGGAAUGGAGGGCGGACUACCUCUUGUAGUGUUUGAUUCUGAUAUGGAGAACACAGUGGUAAUAUCACCACAGAAUACAUUCAUGUCUUCACACCAUGAGGUAUGGAAACCAGACGGAUACCAAGUCCCUGUAUUUGCAACUGGUAUACUAGGAUCAGUUGAUACAGUCCCUAAAGGAUAUGCAAUGGAGACUCUAAUGGUUGCUGGUCAGAACCUCACUGACACUAUGGAUAAAUGGGGAAGACUCUUACGUAAAAGAUACAAGAAAGAUGAGAUGUAUAGACUUAACGAUUACUCUAUUAAGUACCUUGGAUACUACACAGAUAAUGGCGCUUGCUAUCAUUAUUCCACUGGAAAGUUUGAUAACUAUGAAGAUGCCAUGCUGGCCAUUAAAAAAGAAGCAGAUGACAAGGGCAUACCUUUCAGAUACCUGCAGCUUGACUCAUGGUGGUACUACAAAGGGGAUCAUGAUGGAGUCAAAAACUGGACAGCCAUGACUACUGUCUUCCCUCACGGUAUUGAGUAUGUCUCACAGAAAACCGGUUGGCCCAUUGUCGCUCACAACAGGUUCUUCUCAGUCGAUACUGACUACGCCAAGCAAAAUGGAGGCCCUUUUAACUUUAUCAUUGACUCUGGCCAGAUUGCUCUACCUGAUGAUCCCUCAUUCUGGCAGUUCCUCCUUUCAUCAGCAAGAGACCAAUGGAACCUUUGGACCUAUGAGCAAGAUUGGCUCUUGACAGAAUCUGGAAAACUCAAAGAGCUGCAAAUUGAUCUUAAUCUGGGUCAGACAUGGCUGGGACAAAUGGGAGAAGCAGCUAAAGAAGAAGGACUCACUAUACAGUAUUGCAUGGCUUGGCCUAGGCACGUGCUGCAGGCAGUGAUGAUACCAGUAGUGACACAGACUAGGGCCAGUGGUGACUAUCAUCCUGGUAAAAGCCAAUGGAAGAUUGGAGACUCUAGCAUACUCCUUCACUCGCUUGGGAUUGCUCCUUUUAAAGACAACUUUCACUCAAAUCCAGUCGGCGAGAAGGAUUGUGCAGCAAGCAGCCCAGAACCUAGUCCUUCAUUGCAUGCGUUUGUAUCAGUGUUGAGCACAGGGCCAGUGGGACCAGGUGAUGCUGCAGGCUAUGCUGAUAAAGACCUCAUUCUUACUACGUGCAUGAGUGAUGGGCUCAUACUGAAGCCCUCAAAGCCUGCAAUGUCUCUAGACUCUACAUUCGUUCAACGUGCCUUUGGUAAGGGAGGGCCUGAUGGAUACCUCACAGCAACUUACACUGAAGUCUCAGGUUAUACUUGGUACUAUGUACUAGGAGCAGAAAUAAAAACUGAUUAUCAAAUGUCACUCGCUGAACUACCUCCCAGUCGCAUUGGUACCAAGCCUAAGACCUCAUUCCCAGAAUCAAUAGCGAUACAACAUGACCCCGGCAAAGGAGUAUCUAACUUUGUAAAAAUAUCAGACGCUAGCACAAAGUUAACCAUAUCAUCGUGUAACGUAACAGACUUUCAAUACUGGUACAUAGCUCCUGUGUUACCAGGUGGUGGUGGGGCAUUACUGGGAGAGCUGGAUAAAGUUGUACCAAUAUCAGAGCAGAGGGUACUCACUGUUAUUCUCUUUGCCGGAACUUAUGUUGUUAAGCUAAGAGGAGCUCCCGGUGAAGUAGUAUCAAUGUCAACAUUUGAUACUCGUGAUAGCAAAACAACCACUAUUGAUUGUACAUUGGAUUCUAUUGGUACUGGGACGCUAGGGUUCUCUGAUGUGAAGAACCUCUCUUGCUAGCUUUAUACGUACAUACUAGAUAUUAUGAGUCAUACUCUUUAGCUGCUGUAAUAAUAGUACUAUGCCUAAUUAUUUUGUUUUAGCUGAAAAAGUUGUUUUUAUAUUUUUAAAAA